AUGAUUAAUAUUCUAAUUGUUAUUUCCUUAAUUAACAUUCUAGAGCACCUAUUCAAUUUAAAAUUUGCAGUUAAGGAACUUGAAAGAAACUCGAAAAGAUGUGAAAAAGAAGAGAAACAGGAGAAAGCAAAAACAAAACAAGCAAUUCAAAAAGGAAACAUGGAAGUGGCUCGUAUACAUGCAGAAAACGCUAUAAGGCAAAAAAAUCAGUCAAUAAACUAUCUAAAAAUGUCAGCUAGAGUAGAUGCAGUUGCAAGCAAAGUUCAGUCUGCUGUUAUGACCAGAAAGGUAACAAAUUCAAUGGCAGGUGUUGUUAAAGCUAUGGAUGCCGCUAUGAGAAGUAUGAACUUGGAGAAAAUUUCGGGCGUGAUGGACAAAUUUGAGCAGCAAUUUGAAGAUUUAGGGGUUCAGACAGACGUUUUAGAAAACACCAUGGCUCAAACUACUACAACCCUUAUCCCACAAAAUGAUGUUGACUCAUUGAUGCAACAAGUUGCAGAUGAGGCUGGCUUGGAACUUAACAUGGAAUUACCUGAAAAUCCAACUGGAACCAGUGUAGCAAACUCCACUGUAGUUUCACAGGAACAAGACGAAUUAACUCAAAGAUUAGCUAGACUAAGAGAAACAGAAUAA